AUGCAGCAAUCAGUGCAAUUAGCGCCUUCAAAAUGGACUUACGGUUUGGGCGAUUGGAGCAAUGGGCCGGAGGCGGUAGCUUCAUUCGGCGAGGCGCAGUCAGCUUCAUUUGCCCACAUUUUUCAAGGAGCAAAAGCUGCGAAAAGGCUGAUACAUGCUCGCAUUCCGGCCUCACGAACCGAUGCAGUUAUUCUUGGACAACCGCUCACAUUCCGUAACGGUCGUACUGCGCAGAAUAGGUUCCUCAAGGCAGCUCUGACAGAACGGAUAAGUACGUGGGAUGCGAAAAAUCCGUCGAAACGAGGAGUUCCAACUCAAGAGCUCAUCAACAUUUACGAUAAAUGGGCUCAUGGGAGAUUCGGCAUGAUUCUAACGGGCAAUGUUUGUGUAGAACCAAAUCAUCUGGAAUCAGUCGGAAACGUGGUAUUCAGCAAAGAGAACGACUUCUCCUCAACUCAGGGAAAUGACGGCGAAAUUGGCAGCAACGAUGAAACAGGACGGAGCGCAGGACGUCAAACUCAAGAGGCUGUGAAUCUACAUCCAUUCUCGUGCUCCGAUAUCGGAAUCAAAUCGAAAACGGUUCCUUUGAGAUUUGGAACACCGAUCGCACUCACUGAAGCACAAGUCAAAACUGAGGUCGUCGAUCGAUUUGUGUAUGCGGCUAAAUUUGCUCACGAUCAC